AUGAUUGAAAGUGUUAGACAAUUUGGAAAUGAUAAUAAUGAAGGAGAAGGAGGAGAAGGAAUAAUAGAAGAUAACCAAAAUAAUAUUUUAUCCCAAUUUUACCCCUCAUUUUCUUCUUCUUCAACAACAAAUUAUUCUUCUCCCUCAAUGUCCACACCAACAAAUUUAAACAAAAAGCCUUAUUUAAAAUAUAAAAUUGUUCAACUUGGGGAAGAAAAAAUAAUUGAAAUGUUGGCAGAACGUAAAGAUUCUGAAAGACUUUUUCUUUAUAAUGAACAAAUUUUUGAUGUCUUGUAUAAAAUACAUAUGGAUACUAGACAUGGACGGAGUAUGUCCAUGUACAGUAUGAUUAAAAAUAAGGUUUUUACAGAAAAAAGUUCCCUUUGA